UCCGUGAGCGCCUCCGAUCCCGAUCUCGGCAAGAACGCGCUGCUCAGGUACGCGGUGGUCCAGGCCAACAGCAGUUUCACCGUCGACCCCGACACAGGCGAGAUUGCGACGAAGGAACCGCUGGAUCGGGAAACGAAAGGGGUGCACGAGCUCGUCCUCGAGGCCAGGGAUCAAGGGACUCCGUCGAGAGCGGCCAGGGUGCCUCUCAAGAUCACGGUCCUCGACGUGAACGACAACUCGCCCGAAAUCGUGGACCCUCAAGGGGACGUGGUCAGCGUGAGGGAGGAACAGCCACCGGGGACCGAAGUGGCGAGGGUCAGGGCUUUGGACACCGAUCUCGGCGAGAACGCAUCCGUCACUUACACUAUCCUCAAAGAUCGAGACUCGGACGGGUACAACGUGUUCACCAUUGACCCGAUCACGGGGAUGAUCAGGACGAAGGCGGUCCUGGAUCACGAGGAACGGAACGUGUACCGGGUGUCGGUGAAGGCGACGGACGCGGGGCGACCACCCCGCCACAGCAUACGCGCGCUGAGAGUGGAGGUUUUAGCGCUCGCGGAANGGCCGACCUUCACCAGUAGCAGCCUUACCUUUAACGUGCGGGAGGACGCGAGCAUAGGCCAAGCGGUGGGCUCGGUGUCGGGGGCGGGUCCCGCUGGCCGCGUGGCCUUCACCUUGGACUCUCUCACGCCCGUCAGCGAAUUCCCAGCGUUCGACGUGGACCGAAGCUCGGGCCAGCUGGUGGUGGCCCACUCCCUCGACCGCGAGAACGUGAGCGAGUAUCACCUGGAGAUCCGCGCGUUGGACACGACCUCGAUCGGCAAUCCCCAGAGCAUCGCCGUCUCGGUGAAGAUCGCGAUCGAGGACAGAAUAGAGAGUGAGAGUUCGAAGAUGUUCCCGUUUCUUAGACAUAUCAGUGCAGGAAAACUAUGUCUAGGAGUAGAGAAAUCGGUUCGCAGCCCUUUGGACCGCGAACGGCAGAGUUCGUACAAGUUCGUGGUGGUGGCGACGGACAGCGGCAAGUACGACGCGAGGAGCAGCAGGAUCCCCGUGGAGAUACGUGUGAGCGACGUGAACGACAACGCGCCGGUGUUCGAGGAGUAUCCUUUCCGUGCCCGGGUGUCGAUCGGCACUCAGCCGGAGAAGAACAUCGUGCGCGUGGUGGCGACCGACAUCGACGAGGGAUCGAACGGCGAGAUCGUGUACUCGUUCCUUCACGAGCAGGAGAAGCCGAAAUUCAGGAUACACCCGAGCACCGGGGCCGUGACCGCGGCCCUGUCCCUCUCCCAGGACAACGGCAAGACGUACCACUUGGAGGUGGUGGCCAGGGACAAGGGGAACCCGCCGAGGAGCGCCCGGGGGUUGAUCGAGUUGCGGGUGGGGGACCUGGCCGACUUGGCGCCGGUGUUGAAGUUUCAGAACGAGACGUACGAGGUGGUGGUUGCGGAGAACUGCGCGGCCGGGACCGAGGUGAUCCGAGUGACGGCCGUGCGAUCGGACGGGAGGAGGCAGCGCUCGAGGGAGAAGCCUAGGGAGAGUUCGAAGCACGUGUUGACGGUCGCCGCGAGGACCAGCGGCCCCGACCCUCUCGAAGCGUACGUCAAGUUGGUGGUCAAGGUGUCGGACGUGAACGACAAUCCGCCCAUUUUCACCCAAACCCAGUACUCGGCCACCGUUCUGGAGGGGAACGUGAAAGGGGACUUUGUCGUCAAGCUUUCGGCGAGCGACGCGGAUCAAGGGAUGAACGGUAGAAUUCUGUAUCAUAUCGUGGACGGGAAUCCGGACAACGCGUUCACCAUAAGCCCACCUUACAGCGGAAUAGUUCGGACCAACAUCGUGCUGGAUCGGGAGAUUCGGGAAAAGUACAGGCUGACGAUAAUCGCGACGGAUCAAGGGAAUCCCCAGUUGACCGGGACGGCUGCGCUCAGCGUCAGGGUGAUCGACAUCAACGACAAUCAACCGACGUUUCCGGAGCACAGUAUCAUCUCCGUUUCGGAAGGUACGGCGGUUGGAACCGUGUUGACCACGAUCACGGCCAACGACGUGGACAGUUCCCCGGCCUUGACCUAUCGAUUCGGCAACGCGACCGACCCAGACCUUUUUUCACCGUUUUCUCGCCUCUUUCGCUCUCUCUCCCCAUCCACGUUCUUUUUUCCGCUUCUUUCAGAGGGACGAGGAGGAGAGUUGCAAGAGAUCGCGACGGUGAACGCGACCGACGACGAUCUCACGGAGGACAACAGUCGGGUGCGAUACCAUCUGCUGAGAGCUACCAAAGGUUUCUCGGUGCAUCCCGUGACCGGUGUUGUGACGGUUAAUCGCACCGCGAUACCGAGGCCGUUGCCCAAAGAGGUGGAGUUGGCGAUCGUGGCCGAGGAUUACGGGAAACCGCCCGCGUCGUCCGUGUGCACGGUCGUCGUGCGAUUGACCAGUUUGAAGAGCAGCAACUCGCCCGGCAAAGAGUACAAGAUCACCGCCAAGGAGAACACUUGGAGGGGGACCACGCUGAUGAGGUUGUCCGACGUGGACCUUUUGGACGGUGCGAUCGUGGCCGGGGACGACGGUGGAACGUUCGAGGUGUCGAGAGGAAGGUUGAUCCUGUCCAAGCCGUUGGACAGGGAGACGAGAGACAGAUACGUUUUGCGAUUAGGGUCGAGGAACGAGAACGCGACGACCGGAUCCCUGGUGGGGGACGAGCCCGUUACGGUGAUCGUGACCGUGGAGGACGCGAACGACAAUUACCCCCGUUUCUCGGAGGACGUGCACCAGGUGUCGAUCAAGGAGAACGCGGCACGGGGGGCAACGGUGGCCGUGUUGCGCGCCAAGGACGACGAUCUCGCGGGGACCGCGGCCACAGCAGUGCCGUAA